AUGAAGACUAGUCACUUAACAUUAGGAAUUGAUCAUGGCAUUCACUCAUCUUCUUCUUUUAUUAAAGCAUUGAGUGAUCAUCAAGGAGAUGUUUUAGCUAAAAAUGGAGUAGGGAUUGUUGACUUUUUUGAAGCCAAAAAUCUUCUUGUCACUGGUGCUACAGGAUUUCUUGCAAAAGUUUUGGUUGAAAAGAUGCUAAGAACAACACCAAAAAUAAACAAGAUCUACCUCCUUAUAAGGGCAAAGGAUAAGGAAGCUGCAUUUGACAGAUUAACAAGUGAAAUAAUAGAGUCAAAAUUAUUCAAAUGUCUAAAAGAAAUGAAUGGGGAAUCUUAUGAGUCAUUCAUAAGAAGUAAAUUGAUUCCUGUGGUUGGAAAUACUCAUGAGCCAAAUCUUGGUAUGGAUAGUAUUAUUUCUCAAGAAAUUUCUCAAGAAAUUGAUUUGAUCAUCGACUCUGCAGCAAAUACCACAUUUGACUUGAGGUAUGACUUAGCUCUUGAUGCUCAUGUGAAUGGUUCAUACCAACUCAUGAAGUUUGCCAAUAAAUGCAAGAACUUGAAACUCCUCAUCCAUUAUUCUACCGCAUAUGCCAAUGGAGAAAGAGAAGGUCUACUAUAUGAGAAGCCUUUCAUGAUGGGAGAAAGCAUAACAAAGGAAAAACUCACAUCACAUUCUCCAUCUGCUAAGUUUCCAUCUCUCAAUGCUGCCAAUGAGUUGGACUUUGUUUCAAAGUUGAAGAAUUCUAUUAAAAAUAAUGAGUUCAAGAAAAUUAUGAAAGAAUUAGGAGCUGAGAGGGCAAAGUUAUAUGGAUGGCAUGAUACAUAUUCAUUCACAAAGGCCAUUGGUGAGAUGGUGAUUGAUAGCAUGAGGGAAAACAUACCAAUAGUAAUUAUUCGUCCCUCCACAAUAACAAGUAGUUAUGAGCAACCUUUUCCAGGAUGGAUACAAGGAUUAAGGGUAAUCGACCCUGCAAUUGUUUUCUAUGGAAAAGGGGACCUUCCUGGUGUUCUUGCUGAUCCAAAUUGUCUUGUUGAUGUGGUACCAGUUGAUAUGGUUGUAAAUGCUACAAUGGCUGCUAUUGCCAAACAUGGAUACUUGCAAAGUCCAGAGCUAAAUGUGUAUCAUGUAGCAUCAUCAUAUGUGAAUCCUUUAUCAUCAUCACAACUUUUGAACUAUAGCUAUGAAUUUUUCUCUUCUUUUCCUUUUGUUAACUCAAAAGGAGAUCAAGUGAAGGUUAAUAAGAUGAAAUAUUUUGAUAACAUGUUAGAUUAUUCAAAUUAUAUUUCAAAGGAAUUGCUCAAGAAACAUGAUGAAGUAGGAGAGUUAAGUCAUGAAGUUGAAAACUCAAAGAUGCAAAUGCUAUUUAAAAGGAAGGUGGAAUAUUUGAAGAACUUUAGCAAGGUUUAUGAACCAUAUGGAUUUUACAAAGGAAGGUUUCACAAUGGCAACAUGCAAAAACUAAUGGAAGAUAUGUCUGAAGAAGAAAGAAAAAGCUUUGAUAUUGAUUUGUCAAAAAUAAAUUGGAGAGAUUACUUUAUAGGAAUCCAUAUUCCUGGAGUAAAAGAACAUGUAUUGAAAGGCAAGAUAGCAUCUUCCUAA